CCGUCUUGAAUUGGAGAAGCUAAAUGAGGAUGGCGAAUCAAAUAUCCAUAUGCAUGCUUUUGUGAGUGGUGUUGACUAUUUUGCUGCCGUGGAGGAUGCUGAGUAUUCUGCGUUAAUGCCACCAUCUGAACCAUUUUCUAGUAUAAUGAACCGAGUACCACCGCUGAGAUGUGGGCGUUCAAGGAGGAUGAUGCAAACUGCACGAUCCGAGGAACGAGAGGCAAAGAGACGAUGUAUUGUGGUUCAUCUGUUUCUUUAG